CUCUAAAUAUAACUGUCCUUCUUCUUCCUAGUAUCAGGCGUGCGUGAGAACUACGUCGUCGUGAAGUUCAAGCAACUGCACGCGAUAAAUACACACAAAAAUCAGCGGACAGCAGAAUUCGAACUUUCAGAAGCUUCCGCAGAAGAAGCUUCUCAGAGUAACAAAACGACCCCGCUUACCUCGGUGUUUCCCAUCGCCGAAGAAAAUGUCCCAAGAUAUCUACUCUGAGCGCCCCUUGUUCGGCGGCGCCAUCACUAGCACUUUCCCUCUCAGAUUCGAGGAUGUGAGCAACAUUCGGCAAGUUCCCGAUCACCAGGAGGCUUUUGUGGACCCUGCCCGAGAUGAAAGCUUGAUCUUUGAGCUCUUGGAAUUGAAGCAUGAAGUCGGCGACAAUGGAAGCGCCAACUGGUUUCUUCAGGACCUUGCCACUGAGCAAGAUGCUGACGGGAGCAUGGUGAUCGAGCAGUCUGGCGUAAUGGAGGCCCCCAGAUUGUGUUAUAGAAACACACCUGCUGUUGUUACGACUGCUGUUGGCCAAAUGGCAAUUUCGAAAGGGCGGCAAGGAAGGGAAGCGCAAAAUAUUGUGAGGGUCUAUGUAGCAAAUUUGCGCCUUAAGGAAGUUAAUACAGAUGUGCUGAUUACUGCAUAUGAGCCCGUUCAUAUAAAUCCUUUGAGCGAAAGUGCAAACACCGUGGGGGCUGGUUUUGCUGUUCCUGCAGUACAAUCCGGGCAUAUGCCAGUGGCCGAGGUCUUUAAACUCGCCGUCUCUAGCUUCAGGGUCAAUGACUGGAAUCUUUUUGGUUCUGUUGCCUGAGAUGUAUUGUGUGUUCAUAUCAGCAGUAAUUUACUUUUUUAAGAUAAGGUGAAACUCUAAGCUACGAAAAGCUGGGUUUUUGGAAGAGGCAUGGGUUUUGUAGUUUGAUAUCUUUGCCCUUUUCGGCUUCUAUGAAUUCAAGUUUUCUUCCGAUCCA